AUGUCGACCUACCCACCCAUCAAGCUCUCGGAUGGCAAAGAGAUCCCGGGCAUCGGCUAUGGCGUCGGUACGGCCUGGUUCGGCCGCGGCGGGAUCGACAACGAGCUCGUCGAGGCGAUCGUCCUCGCGCUCAAGACGGGCUACACCCACAUCGACGGUGCACAGGCCUAUGGAAACGAGACCAGCGUCGGAGAGGCUCUGAAGCAGGCCGCUAUCCCGCGCGAGAAGCUAUUCAGUUAGUCGUUCUUUUGGCUUGGUUGGUCCCUCCCCGCCGGCGCCGCGGGAAGAAGUGGGGGAGAGCCGCCGCUCGGAAGUAGCGAUAAGCGAGCAGGCGGCUGUUGCCAAGAAGUGAUGAGUAACUGACCGGCUCUUCGGGGCGAAACACUGCACAGUCACAACCAAAGUUGGAGGAAAGGGUCUCAAGGAUAUCGGAGCCUCUUGCCGCAAGUCCUUGCAGGAGAUGGGAAUCAACUACGCUGAUCUGUGAGCCCAUAAGUGGCCUCAAUGAGAUCGAUUGUUCCGAUUUCAAGAGGCAUUGAGCACUGAAAUAACUGUUUUGCGCUAAUUCAUCAGCUACCUCAUUCACUGGCCCUACGACUUUGGCAAGGACGGCGUCCCGACGGCCGAAGAAUGCUGGAAAGAGAUGGAGAAAGUCAAGGCCGAGGGCUUGGUCAAGUCGAUCGGUGUAUCCAACUACCGCAUCCAAGAUUUGGAAAAGACUCUCGCUGUGGCCAAGGAUCGACCAGUUGUGAACCAGAUCGAGUUUCACCCGCGAGUGUUUGAGAAGGCCGAGCCCUUGUUCGAAUUCAGUGAGUUCUCGCCGCAAUUGGACUCGACUUGCUCGGGAAAAGGCCGGAGCUCCUCUGAACGAUCUCAAAUUCACAUGGUUCUGUUCAAAUUUUUCACUCGCGCAGUGAAAAAAGAAGGAAUCGCUCUCGAAGCGUACGGCCCCACGACGCCCUUGACAAAGUUGGUUGGCGAGCCGCUCGACUCAGUCUUGAAGCAAGUCGCCACGACGGUCUCUUCUCGCACCGGCUCCAACGCGACCGUCGAGCCUUCUCAGGUGCUGCUCUUGCUUGCGCACCAACUGGGCGCUGUCGUCAUCACAACCUCGAGUAAGGAGUGGAGGAUGCAGCAGCAGCUUGAAUCGGCUGGCCUACCCAAGUUGACCGAGGCCGAAAUCGAUGAGAUUCGAAAGGCCGCCAAGCCGCAGCAGAGGAGGUUCAUGCAGCACAUGGACAACGAUGCACCGGCUUAUUAG